AUGUCUCGAGCGAUUCUCGUUACAGGCGCAACAGGCAAACAAGGUGGCGCUGUCGUUGACGCCCUCUUGAGUCACGGGUCAUCGGAUCUUCUUCUCGCAGUCACACGAAAUGCGAACUCGCCUUCUGCAAGACGUCUUGCAGCCAAGUCUUCGUCCAUCAAGAUUGUCGAGGGCGAUCUCGAUGCCGCUCCGGCUCUUUUCGCUUCCGCCAAGGCAGCCGCCGGGGCGGCACCCUUGUGGGGUGUCUUUUCCGUCCAAGCGAUGAGCGACCGGAAAUCGGACAAGGAGACCCAGCAGGGCAAGGCGUUGGUUGACGAAGCCAUCAAGGCUGGCGUGCAGCACUUCGUCUACAGCAGCGUCGAGCGUGGGGGCGACGAGCGAUCAUGGAACAAUCCUACUCCGGUGCCACAUUUCAUCACCAAGCAUCGGAUCGAACACCACCUCCGCAACUCUACCGCGAACAACAAGAGCCCCAUGGGCUGGACGAUUCUGCGGCCCGUCAUCUUCAUGGAUAACCUGGCGCCGGGGUUCUUCGGCAAAGUCUUUCUGACCAUGAUCCACGACAUCAUGGGAGAGAAACCGCUGCAGUGGAUCGCCACCAAGGAUAUCGGCUUCUUCGCGGCCGAGGCGUUCCGUGAUCCGAAAACCUGGAACAAAAGGGCCAUAGGACUGGCUGGUGACAACCUCACGUUUUCGGAGCUAAGCCAGACCUUCAAGACUGUGACGGGCGAACCUGUUGGAACGACACUUGGAAUCCUCGGGAAAGCGCUGAAGCACGGGGUCCAGGAGCUGGGCAUCAUGGUGGCAUGGUUCAGGGACGAAGGCUACAAUGCCGACAUGGCCGAGAUCAAGAGGAUCCAUCCUGGUGUCAUGACUAUGAAGCAAUGGUUGAGCGACAGUGCUUUCGUCAACAAGAAGUGA